UGGGCCGUGCUUCUGUUAGCGGAGCUCUCCGCUGCUCCCGGCCGUGCGUGGGGAUGGCCGGCAGCGUGCGCGGCCGCUCUGCGGGCAACCUCCCGGGCCUCGGCCCGCCGAGCGAUUCGGAGCAGCUUAGCAGGUCCUACCCGUGGGCCGGUGGCGGCAGGAGGAGCCGGCUGACUGGGCUGUGCCGGCGGGGAGUCUCGCUGUCCGGGGAGAAAUGGAGCUCUUACUGCUUCUCUUCGCUGGCAGCUCAUAAUGUUUGUGCCAGCAAAAUUGGGAACUCUUGGGCUCAGCGGGACUCUUGCUCUCUUUCCAUUUCUGUUGGAAGUUCUUCUUGCUCCUUUGUGCAUGCCCCUGCCCUGGAGGAAUCCAGCCAGCGCUUCCUGACUGCUGCCCGCAAUCCAAACCAGGCCAUCUUCACUGUGGAUGUCACCACAACGGAGAUUCUAGUGGCUAAUGACAAAGCUUGCAGGCUGCUUGGGUGCAGCAGUCAGGAACUCAUUGGUCAAAAGCUUUCCCAUUUCAUAUCCAAAUGCAACCAAGAGACACGAGAAGCUGUGGAUGAUGAAUAUUUAGAAACUGAUGAAUGUUCAUCAAUGGUUUCAGGAACUGUGGUGGAUGUUAUCAACCAUCUCAAAGAGAAGAUCCCCGUCUCGGUGUGGCUGAGGCGAAUAAGAAUCAAGGACAACCAGCGCUGCGUGGUUCUGCUGGAGCCAGUGGAAAGACUUUCAGCUUUUGUUUCCUUCAGAGCUGACGGAGGCAUUACAUCGUGUGACCUUCUUUUUGCCCAUCUCCAUGGCUACCCAACGUUGGAAGAAGUAGUUGGACUCCACAUAAAGGACCUGAUUCCUGCUGUGCAGAUCCCUCUCCUAGGCAAAAAAAUCCCAAAGAACCUCAAGGUUCAGAGAGCUGUAGGUCGAUCCAGAGAGGGUAAUGUGUUUCCUCUUACUUUAAAACUACAAGUUAGCCUUCUGGAGGAGGACCGAGUGACAGCACAGAACAAUGGUGUUCUACAGACAGAAAGAGAAAUCUCUUUCCCAGACUAUCAUUACACUGCUGCAGUUGAAGUUUUCUCUACCAUCAGUGGCCUUAUUACUGUACAGUCAGAUGGAACCAUCCAGUGCAUCAAGGAUAGUUUUGCUUUAACACUGUUUGGCUAUGAGAAGAAAGAACUGUUGGGGAAGAACAUAACAUUCCUGAUCCCUGGUUUCUAUAACAACAUGGAGAGAAGCAAUGACUGCUCCUUGCCAUUACCUCCUCUUGAUGACUCCCUGGGGACAGACAGUGAGUGCUUCUUUGAGGAUGUUUCUGCCUGCCAUAUGACUGGUUCUGGUUGCCGUAGCAAAGGUGACAACUUUGUUUCUGCAUCUUCGGCCAACCUGCUGUCAAGAGAUGAAGAGCAGAAAUUGGCAAGAAGACACAGAGAAGACAGGUUGCUAUGUGGUGAGACUAAGCAGAAGAAUGGGAGCAGUCUCUUAUCUACUCCCUCAUCUCCUGAAGUGGCAGCCAUACUUUCAAAUCGUGGAGACAGCAUUGUGGCUGAUGAGCUGCCAGCCCACUGUGCAGAGCCUUCUCCUGAAACCCAGCCUGACAGAAUCAGAGCACUGGAACACUGCAGGGUGGUGGAAAAUGGAAGAUCAUGUUAUCCUCCAGAAAUGCACCCUGCAUGGGUAUCUCCUUCGUCAUCUGCUUCAGAGCAGUUGGGUUUAAAUCAGAACUUAAAGACACCAUUAAGAAGUAGCCAUAGUGCAGCAUCUGGUACCUCUGAGACUGGGAAUGCCAGCGAGAGCAGCUUCUUGCUUAAUCAAUUACACGUUCAUCAUCAAGACCCAAAAGAAUUAAAUUGUCAGCAGGUCUCUAUGUUGCUGUAUGAAAUGCUGAAGGAUCAGCCCUCCACCAGUGCUCAAGGACAAUCUUCUUCAGCAAACGUUGCCUGCUUCACUAUUUUUUCUAGCCCAGUAGAUGAGCUAGAUACUGCAUCCAGAGGACUGAGUAAGCAACUUUCUUGUCUUCCUUGUAACUCAUCUGGAACACCGAAAAUAAAUGAACCACCACCUGGGACAACACUAAGCUGCACGCAAGAUUUUCAAAGUCAUGUGGCUAGAGGACAGUUGGCAAAAACUAGCUUCAUGUGUGAUGGAAAGCAUUCCAGUCUUGAGCACAGUGUUGCUGAAAGCAGCUUGCUAAAAGAUGCAAAUUUCAUUGCAAAUGGAAGAAAUAGUAUCCACGAUGGUGGCUCAGGAAAUACAAUGGGUUGCACUGGUUCUGCACUGGGAGCUGCCCCAACCUUCAGAACUGUGAGACAAACUGAUGCUGAGCUGAACUAUAUUUGCUCUGAUCUCGAGGAACUGGAUCUGAAUAUUGGUGUCACAGGGAACUCUGGCAACUGUUUAGGUUCUACUUCUGAUUUUGUAGGAGGGUUCUUUUCUAAUACAGUGAACUCAGCUGCAGGCAAUAUGUCAACUCAGAGUGGUGUUUCUUCAGCUGAGUUAAAUGGUGUUGCCAUAAAAGAUGGUUCUGGGUAUCUGCCUUCACGACAGCAUUUGGAAAACCCUGAGCAAUCCUUAGAAGUAUUUAUUGAGAAGCCUAAAACUCUUACAGAGACUGUGGGGGAUAAUGUCAACAGAAACAUAUUGAAAAGUAAAGGAAAUCCUGAAGAAGACUGUCAGUUGCAUGGGCAGGAAAACAUGGAAAUAAAAGCAACAUCUACCCCUGUGAAACAAGAAGGAAGACCAAAUCAUGCAGCUCCUUUCAGUGCAGAGAUUCUGGAAGGCAGCUACAGUGGGAACUGCAGUCACAAAGAUGGUUCACAACUAAGCAUACUCUUCGAAGUAAAACGUGUGGAGCUGCAGGAUCCUACUGUGCUUUUCUGUGUCUGGGUAGUGAAAGACCUUCUGCAGAGCCAGAAAGAAGCAGCAGCAAAGACUCAGCUUUUGCUGUCCAGUCUAGCAAGCUCGACCCAGUCUGUUCUAGAUCUUUCCACACACAGUCUUGGAGAAGCCAUUAAAUCAUCUUCGCUCUCUGAGAAUUCCCGAAGAGCUGAAGAGCUUGAAAGAUUAAGGGCCUGUGAGGGAGAGUAUACCAAACAUUAUCACGCUCUCAGCCUCAUUGGCAAAGGAUCUUUUGGCUUUGUCUGGACUGCCAGGAGCAAGACAAAUCAUCAGGAGGCUGUUGUGAAGUUCAUCUGGAAGGAGAGGGUGCUUGAGGACUGCUGGGUAGAUGAUCCCGAUGUGGGGCGAGUUACUCAAGAAAUAGCAAUCCUGUUGAAGCUGCAGCACCCCAAUAUCAUUAAGGUGCUGGAUGUGUUUGAAAAUGAACGUUUCUUCCAGCUGGUGAUGGAGAAGCACGGAUCUGGUCUGGAUCUCUUUACAUUCAUUGAUAAUCAGCCUGAUUUGGAUGAGCCAUUAGCAAGCUAUCUAUUCAGACAGCUUGUGUCAGCUGUUGGGUACCUCCACUGUAGAAACAUCCUUCACAGAGAUAUCAAGGAUGAAAACAUUGUCAUUGCUGAAGAUUUCACAAUUAAACUGGUGGACUUUGGUUCUGCUGCCUACCUGCAACCUGGCAAACUGUUUUACACCUUCUGUGGGACAAUCGAAUACUGCUCACCAGAAGUGCUGUCUGGCAAACCGUACCAUGGCCCAGAGCUGGAGAUGUGGUCACUUGGUGUCACCCUUUAUACCCUAAUAUUUGCAGAGAAUCCCUUCUGUGAGCUGGAAGAGGCCAUGGCAGCUGUCCUGAAUUUUCCUCGGCCUGUGUCAAAAGAUCUCAUGAAUCUGAUCGUGGGGCUGCUGCACCCUGCUCCAGAGCAGCGCACAACUCUAGCAAUGCUGGUGGAGGAUCCUUGGCUGAAGCAGCCUGUGAACCUGGGUGAUUACACCUGGGAGGAGGUGUACGUCUCUGCUGGGGCAGAAAGCAAUGGAUUGAGAAAUGGUUCUGUUGAGUGCUCACACAGAGACAGACCCUCAGCUCCUCGUGUGAAGAGUGAGCCGUGCCUGAGUGCUUCCAGCUGUGUGCGUGCAGAUCCCUCCUGGGAAGGAGCUGCAGCUGCGAGGUGUCAGGGCUGGAGCCUGGGGAGUCCCUGCAGCCGCUCCCUGCAGCAGCCCCUGCCUGUGCAGCGCUAACUCCCUAACUGCAGGGCGUGUGGUAACACUCAGGAAGCAACAGGAAUUAAUUUCAAGCACUUCUCUCUUUGUAGAAAGAGAGAAGUAGGAAUUCUUGAGAAAUCCUGAGAGCAAUAACAGAGAUUUCCUAUGAUGGAGCCUUGUGAGUGAACCACUUUCUGUUGUCUAUUGAGGCAGCCUGACAUCAUGAUGCCUUUUUUUUUUUUUUCGUCUAGCCUGUGUAAUGCAGGAGCUCCCACCACACUCCCUUCUGUUCUUCCCAGAAUGGGUGGCUAAGCUGUAUGCAGAGCUUGCAAACCCUGCUAUCACAGGAGCAGAUUACUCAGCAGUGUAAGUUCUGACCCUUUUAGACACUGCAGCCCAGGGUCUGCCCUUGCCUUGGCCUUGGGUUUUGCCUCACAGAGGCUGUGUCAGAAGCUUCUCUAGCUAACAGGCUUGUAAUUGUUCUUUACCUAGGAAGGGAUUUAAAGCUGCAAGAGAUUUUUUUUUGUCUUCUUUUAUUGUUCAUAGCUCAGAGUAUAUUUUUAUUGGCUGUUUUGACUUUUAUAUGUAGUUUUACUCUUUCUGAAAAAAAAACUUAUGAAUAAACACACGUACGCUUUUGUUGGUUGACUGACUGCU